AUGUCGCACUACUCAACUGGACAUGAUCAUGCGGCCCCUGCCCCGGAUGCAAAGUACGAGCACAGGAUGAGGUACCCGAAACGAGCUCAAUCAGCUGCCUCGCCUCGUCUCGACAGCCGGUCUCUGCCUCCCGGGGAGCUUCCUCCUGGGUCUCUACCUCCAGGAUCUCUGCCUCCAGGAUCUCUGCCUCCAGGGGUUGUGCUUCCUCCCGAGGUUGUGCUUCCUCCGGGGUUUGUGCCUCCCCCGAGGGCUGUGCCUCCCAGGCCUGUGCCUGACCGGUCGACCAGACCAACUCGCCCUCCCCCGGCAGAUAAACCAAUCAAUGAUGAUCACCCGACGGUACAUGGUUACGGAGAGGAGUAUCGGAAGGCUAUGAACCCACCUCAGGUUCCAAGCACUGUCAUCAAUGAACCGUAUGUCAACCACGAUGACAAAAUGCAGUACCCAAAGCCAGCUCUACCAUCUGCUGUCCCUCGUCCUCACAACAUAUGGGGAACAUGCAAGAAGCCCGGGGGAUGCAACAAGCAUGUGGAAGACAAGCCACCUCCGGUUCCGACCACGAUGAACCCCGUCAACCCCGUCGUCAAGCCGUCCGCGCGACCCUCCGUGGGCAAUCACGUUGAAAAAGCGGUUUACGAGCCGUUUUGGGGCACAAAGACAAUAAUACUCGCAUGUGUUCCUUGCCUACCCAUUAUAGGCGCUGCACUCUGUGCCGCCUGUACUGCCAGCAAAAACCAGUUGAGAAACAAGGAUGGGGACGAAGAAGAGCCCGAGGACGAAGGCGAGGAUGAGACUGAGUACGAGGAAUAA